GUCAUCGACGGGCGCUACGAUAAUGACAAGUUCAAUACCGGCCCGCGCUGGAAACACCACCGGCGAGAGGUGUAAGCCAUCGGUGUGACCGAUUGGUCGUCUGACGUUAGCGCGCGUGUCGCAAGUCAUGUCGUCAGCAAGCUAAUCGUUCGCUCCCCCGUGGACCGGACUGAAAAAUUGCUCUCGUGUUUCGAAAAUAAACAGUACCGUUACAUAAAUAGCGUAUCCAAUAUCAGCAUCCCGAAAAUGUUGACGCUGUAAAUUACAAAUAUUUGAAGGCGCCCGUAUUUGCAAUUUUAAAUGUGACAUGCAAAACUGGCGACGUGGCCAUUGAAUUUUCAAAUUACGAGUCCAAGUCUCUCGGAUUGCUGUUUGUGAGAGAGGAGCGUCGGUGAUUCAUCGAGCGGAAAUGAACCGCUCAAUGGGUCGCGUUCUUUCAUCAGAGAACGACGUCGUCUUGUGUUGUCUCAAGGAGAAGGAACAUAUCACCCGAGAUUAUGUUCUUCCAUAUUGUAUUCUCCCAUACAUACGACUCCUGUACUUUUGGCUUAUCUAUCGCUUAUUCCGUUUUCUAACGUUGACGACAAGACACAUUGUACAACGAAAUUUCUGACUUCUAACUUAAUGUUCGCAUCUCUAAUCUGACGAGUCUUACAUUAAUUAAAAAUCCACGUGACGAACCUUGGACACUAGCACAAUACUAGAGGGAAAAGAUAGAACAGAGGGAACGGGACUGGAAUCAAGACGUGGCAUCGAGUCGCCGGUCGAUUCGCAGCGUGUAAUUGAAAAGCGGAACGGCAGCCCUAAAUUACGGACAGCAAAUUAAGCCCCUUGGUGUUAAUGGACCCGGACGAUGACGACAACGACGACGGCGAUGAACGUUAUUAAUUUACAUUCUUCCUGCACGAUGAUACUGCUUGGUAUCUUGGCGUCGACGACGAUAAUCAGCCUCACAAGUUCCGCUCCUCUGUCGCCGUACGAAAGAAGGGACGUGUCGGACGAUCGUCCCAAAAUUUUCCUGUUGAUCGAUCAAAGAAUACCAGAAUUGGAGGACGAGAUGCUGAAUGCGGAGAACAAUCUCGGGUCGAACGUGAUGCGCACCAAGAAGAGAAUCGGAACGAUCGGGUCCCUGUCGAUUGUCAACAAUCUGGACGUGCUGAGGCAGAGAGUCCUGCUGGAGCUGGCUCGCAGAAAGGCACUGCAGGACCAGCGGCAGGUCGAUGAGAAUCGUCGCUUCCUCGAGACCAUCGGCAAGAGAUCGGUAUCGGACGCCGGCAGAACCGUGAGAUCCGGCAUGAAGAGCAGCCGCGAACGGCCCGCAGCGUCCAACAGGAACGAGUGGAUCGAAGAGAAUAAUCCCUUGUUCCGUGGAUCGCAAGACGAUCGGACGGUGCAGGCCAAUGAACUUCGCUUGCUGAAAUGAAUUCGCGCCUCGGCGCGCGAAGAGGAACUCCAGAGAUCCGAUAUAUUUUAGCUUCACUAUAUGCAACCCUUUAAUCAAUCUGUCAUCCAUUAAGUUAUUUUGUCGGCCGUCUUCUUUCCGCUUGCCUAUCCACGUUCAGCAGAUACUCCGAGUUCUACUGGCAAUAUGAAUGUUGAAAAUUGCUGAAUUUUACAAUCAAUAACAAAUACGGGUCUGCUCCCUCUCUCUCUCUCUCUCUCUCUUCCUCUCUUUCUCUUUCUAGUGAAUUCGAUCGAGAAACCAAAAUGUUUUGCACCAGUAUUCGUUCCUCUUUUUUCAAUUCUCCACUAAUUGUAGCGUUUAUUUAUUGAGUUAGGUUGUAAUAAUUCACGCAACAGCCCUGUAUACCACGGAAGCUGGCAGGAAUAAGGAUCGCGAUUGUGCAUCGCUCGGUAGACGCGGCCGAUGCACGACCGGAUUCGACCGGCGCGCAUAACGUUCCAAAGAAACGUACAAAGAUCUGAGCUUUACACAAAGCUUUACUUCCGUCUUCUUCCGCGUCCAGCACUCCCCUCGGACACGGAGAAAGGCGUAACGAAGCAGUAUUACCUAUUGUGAUCUCGUUUAAACUGUGUCCUAUGUGUGUGUCUUUCGCAGAGAAUACCUGACGCCCGAUCCUUUAGCGUUGCGUUUAAUUCUCCGCGCCGCGCUUUUCACCAAUACCCGUAGCGGACGAUGUAACGCGUACACGAUUGAGUCCUACACAAUUUCACUUUCGCCAACUAUAAAUGUACAAAUACUACGUUGUAUCGAUAGCUAUCGCCUCUCGCGCGCACCGGCGUCGAUCGUCGGCCGGGAGGCGCUCAUAUGUGUGUACCUGCAGUCUACAAUUCCGAAUGAAAUUCUAUUUUUCGCGUAUAGUGUGCACCAAAAGAGACUACGUCCACAGAUUGGCGGACGUAAGGAAGUCGAGAAACUUGUAAAAGGAUCCGGAGAUCAGAUAUAUACUGUUAUAAUUUUAAGAAAGACUAUCACAAUACACGAUAAGAUUUUCAUUGAUAAAAAGUACAAGAUUGUAUCCCGAAUAUUUUAUAAUUUUAGAAAUAGCUUUACGUCAUGUAUAUAAUAAUUUGUUUCCGCUUCCCUCUUAAUAUUAACGUUGAUUACCGAUUGUUUCGCGUUGUCUCGCAGUUACGUAUUUACUCCUGUGCCAUUACGGAAGUACAAAAAAAAAACAACAAAAAAAACGGCGAUUCAUCAAUUGUGCAAAGGAUAAAAAUGUCUAACGCGACGCACGAGAUUGCAAGUUUUGCGAUGCAUGCGACAAAUAAAACAUGUAUGCAUUAUUAAAAUAAUUAUUUAAUAUCCAUGUAACCGUA